ACACUGAAGAAAUAGAAAAUAUUCCUACAGGACCUACGGAAUAUCCCUUAAUAACUUCUUCUAUAGAACUAUCUGCGGGUAAAUAUAAGCCUAAGAAAACCAAAUCUAUUGGCGAGCAGCAUAAUAAAGGCUCCAAAAGGACAGAUUGUAAAUGGCACAUUAAUUUGAGUAAUUCCGGAUCUGCCAAUUAUAUGUAUAUAACUCUCGUUUAUCUUGAACAUAAUCACAUGAUUAACACUGAUAAUAAGAGAUUUGCUACAGCAUUCAGACACUUUGACAAGGAUGUAAUAGCCGAAAUAGAACAUGCAGUGGUGUAUAGUCAUUGUGAUGCACAUACCAUAAGGAACCUGCUUCAACCAUUGUUUCCUGACCAAUUAUUUCUUAUACAAGAUCUCUCUAAUGCAAUUCAAAAAAUUAAGCAUGACAAAAAAAUUAAUAGAUCUGAUGCUUCACAAUUGCUAAAAUUUCUUCUUAAUCAGCAAAAAGAGAAACCUACAAUGUUUGUUCAGCUACUAAUUAAUCGAGAUA